UUUCUAAAUAGGCGCUAUUAUAUGCAGCAUCGGAAAGUCGACAGCUAUUAGCUCCGAGGCAAAACGGCGUUCAAUGGAAACCUCCGUUAUGCCGUGUUACAACGUAUAGUCAAAUUCAGAGUCAAUUUGAUGCUUUUUCAAAACCUUCUUUUAUAGCCACGAUCAGGGUUUUGACCGCAACUUCGGCCGUGGCUAGAGUCUUGACAUCAUGGACUCGUUAGCGUUAGGAAGUAAAUCGAAUAUUCAAACGGCCUCGAUUUAGGCUUAGGUAAUGUAUAACAUAGCCUCAUGUCAGACAAACCAGGUGUCGCGACAGGUGACUCAGGCUUACAAUGGGAGGACCACGUAUUAUAUACUGGUUUCGUACGGACCUCCGGCUCCACGAUUCUCCUGCCUUGAAAGCAGCUCUUGACUUGGAUCCGGUCGUUUUGUGGCCAAUCUUCACCUGGGAUCCUCACUAUGUAUACCGAGUUAAAGGGGGAGCAAAUAGAUGGCAGUACUUGCUUGAUUGCCAGACGGACCUUUCGGAAUCCAUUUCAAAACUCAACAAGAAGUCAAAGCUCUUCGUUCUUCGCGAAGCUCCGCAGACGCUCUUCCCUAAGCUUUUUAAAGCAUGGAAAGUGACCCAUCUUGUGUUUGAAAACGACACGGAUCCUUAUGCUCUUGAAAGAGACAAGUCCGUAGUAGCUUUGGCGGAGAAAGCUGGUGUUCAAGUGAUUUCGCCAUAUGGACGCACAUUGUGGGAUAGCGAUGAUGUUGUAGCCAAAAAUGGAGGGAAGCCAACUAUGUCUAUUACCCAACUCCAGGCUGCCGGACGAAAAGUCGGAGAGAUACCUCGGCCUAUACCCGCACCAACCCAUCUACCUGAUCCAGGAGAUAUGCCCAUUGACUUCGAGCAGAGCAAGCCUGAGACAAAACCGGAUUUGAAUGCUUCAUAUCGCGGCAAGGCUGACGGUACAUAUUCAAAUAUCGCAGGACCUAAAGGCGACUUUGCCAUUGCGACUCUUGAAGAGCUUGGGUUCUCCGUGCCAGCUACCACACCACACCGUGGUGGCGAGAGCAUCGCUUUAAAGAGGUUAGAAGAAAUAUUCUCGGAUGAAGAGUAUGCUGCUACUUUCCAAAAACCAAAAACCAGCCCAGCAGCGUUCGAACCACAAUCGACUACCCUCCUCUCCCCUAUGCUUCAUUUUGGCGCGCUUUCGCCGCGCCUUUUCUAUUGGAAAGCGCAAGAUCUGGUUGAACGGUAUGGUAAAGGGGCAUCCACACCCCCUGAAAGCCUAACAGGCCAGCUACUAUUUCGCGAUAUGUACUUCGCAGCCCAAGCCGCAAUUGGGCCUCCCUUUGGUCAAACAGUCGAUAACGCUUACUGCCGGUUCAUCCCUUGGCAUUUACCUUCAAAAAUAGGGGUCACAGACAUAGGCGAUUGCACAAUUAGUGGUGAGUAUUAUAUAGACUCGCCACAAGCAGAGAAGUGGUUCCAGCGCUGGAAGGUGGGUAUGACAGGAUUCCCGUUUGUUGACGCCCUUAUGCGACAACUACGUACCGAGGGUUGGAUUCACCACUUGGGUCGCCAUAUGGUAGCCUGCUUCCUCACUAGAGGUGGGUGCUAUGUGCACUGGGAACGCGGAGCGGAUGUAUUCGAAGAGUUGCUAAUUGACCACGAACCAUCUUGCAAUGCCGGUAACUGGCAAUGGCUCAGUUGUACUGCGUUUUACUCGCAGUACUUUCGCUGCUAUAGCCCCGUUGCGUUCGGACAGAAGUGGGACAAAAAGGGUGAGUUGAUACGGAAGUGGAUUCCAGAGUUGAAGAACUUAGACGAGAAGUUCAUUUACGAGCCGUGGAAGGCUACCAAAGCGGCCCUUGACAAAGCAGGUGUAAAGAUUGAAGGAGACGGUAUCAAUGAGAAGACAGACGGAACAUAUCCGGCUCGGAUGUUUGACUUCGGGGAGAGAAGAGGCAUUUGUAUUGCCGCAAUGAAGAGAGCUUAUUCCAUUGGCCUCCACGGAAACGAUGAUAGAGUAAAGAAUGGCUCCUGGAAAAAGUUGUUUGAAGAAGCGGGUGAGACAGAGAUGGAGGGGUUAGGUGGAAGUGACGACGAUGGAGAACACGCAGAUGAUGCUGAUUAUCAGAGGGAGGGGGAUGGAAACCACGGCAAACAUGCUAGAACCCAGAGCACGGGAUCUAAGGAAGGACCUAUGGAUAAGUAUACCAAGAAGGUGAAGAGGUAAAUUCUAAUAAAGAAGUCGCAUAUGGUGUCUUAGACCAUCAUUAUUUACACAACCCAUGG